AAGAAAUAUUUUGACGAUCUACUGGUUUAUUUAUGAAAACAAAGAUGUUAAAAUGGGAUACAAGACUCACAGAUUUUACGAAAAACUGCGGAUUUAUUCUAAUCAUGUUUUCAAUACUAUUCAAAAAUCAUGUUUAAAAUAUCAUUUAUUGUUUGAAUAGCUAUUAUUGAUCGUUUAAAAUGGAUUGUUUUGAAAAAGACUUUAUCUACGUUAAAGAACUGUUUAACAAUCAUGCGGACGAAGUUAGCAAUUAUACGGACAAAGUUAACAAUCAUACCGACGACGUUAACAAUCAUACCGACGACGUUAACAAUCGUACUGACGACGUUAACAAUCGUACUGACGAAGUUAAAAAAUUAAGGAUUUUUUAUCAACUAAUUCAAUCAGGAAAAAAGUACAACGAAAUUUCAGAUGGCUUUCAAAAACUUUUGUCAUGGCUGGAAAAUGAGGAAGAAAACAGUUCUCGUGUUGAUGAAGAACGAAAAUUACUUCUUGUUACCUUAAAACUAGCAAUGACAAAUAAUAUUAAUACAGAUUUUAGAUUAAGGAAUAGUCACGGAGAGACCUCUUUCGCAAAUAUGUUAUCGGUUGGAUUUGCCAUUUCUACGUUUGCCGAUGAAUUAAUAAAGAAAUCAGAAAAGAUUAAUGAGUUGCUUUUGUUUUUAAAAAAUUUAAUAAAUGAAAACUUUAUAAGCAAAGAAAAAAAGGAUGAAGCAUUUCUAAAAAUUAAAAACUUUAUCCAUGACAACCUUACUAAAAAUCAAAUUGCUCAGAACCUGUAUGGUUAUUUCCUUCAGAUUGCAAAUAGCUCUUUGAGUGAAGAAGUUCUUUAUAAACGCUUAGACGAAGGAUGGGAAAAGAAUCAAAAAGAAUUAACAAAAAGGUUUAAAAAAAUGAAAAUAUUUGACAAAGAGUCAACAAAAAAAUUAGAACAAAUUGAAGAUCAGAUUGCAAAAAGUGAAGUUGACAACAUAAAGUUUCGUCAUGUUAUAAACAGUGCGUCGGAUAAAAUUUCUUUACUGAUAAAACAAUUGAAAAAAAAAUCUUCCGAUUUAGAAUUUACUCAUAGACAAAUGCACAUUGUAGACAGUACAACAGUUGACAUGCUUAGUUGGAAAAACUACACUGAACUCAAUUUGCGUGACGAAGAGAUUGCACUGCAAAAAAAAGAAAAAAUGUUUUUAGAAAUGUUGAAAAGUUUUAAUUAUGAGCUUGAAAGUAAUUUGAAUGAUCAAAAGAAUAUUUUAUGCAAAAAUCAGCAUUUUUUUAAAGCAAUUAAAGAAAUUAACAUGUGUUAUUCUGAGUUUAAACUUAACGAAAAGCGUAUUCUUGAAUCAUACAAUAUAACAACUGGAUCAGACACAAAACAUGGCUCUCGCUGCUGUCCAAUAAAUGACAAAAAUACUGAAAUGUAUGAAAAUACUAUAAAAGGUACAAACGCAUCUGAUGAUAAAAACUUUGCCUCAGAAAGUCUUAAAGAUAAAAUUGAAAGUCUUGAAGAUGAAAACAAACUUUUAAUAAUUGAAAUAGAAGAUUUGAAAGAAGAGAAUGCUAAGCUCAUAAAAAAAAUGCAUGAAAUUCAAACACUUAAAGAGAGUUGCCAAUCAACCCAACAGCCUACAUCAAAUGAAAAUGAAUUAAGUGUCAAAAAUAAUCCAAAAGAAGAAAUGUUGUCAAAACAGAUAACCGACUUAAAACACAUAACCGAGAUGCAGUUUGAAAACAGUAAACUUAAAAACAUUUUAAAUGAACAAAAGAAAAAAUGUUUAAUGCUGAAUAAAAAAACAAAACUGGUUCGCAAUAAAAAUAUAGAAUUAUUUCAAGAAAAUAACUUGUUGCAAAAGAUGAUGGUCGUACUUAGAGAUAAAUUAUCUCAACUAAUGGAAAACAACGCGUGCUUUGAGUUAAAUUAUUCUAAUGAAACUAAGCUCAAAAAGAAGGAAAAAAAAGUUAGCCGUAAAACAAACAAGAAAAAGAAGUUACAUAAAGUGUUCAAUAUUGAUGAUUCAAUAUUUAAAAAAAACUACAACUUGUUUGAAGAAGACCUUUUAAAACCAAUUCAGUUUGAAGACGACUUUUUAAAAAUGAUGAAGUUUCAGAAAGAUGAAUACGACUUUGAGAAAGACGGACUUGGACUUGGAAACGACUUAUUGCUUUUAAAACGAAAGCUUUUGAUACAAUCAGAGAAAGAAUAUAAAACGUUGGUUGGCAUUUAUAAAAAACUCUGCUUAAGCAAACUAACUCCAAAUGUACGUUAUAAAUUAAAAUUUAAUUGCAACGAAGAUGAAUAUAAACCUACAUUGUCAAUCAAAAAUAUUAUUUUUACUGAUUCGGAAAUAAACCUGAUUAAAAUAAAAGAACAAAAUUUAAAUCAAACGAAUUUUGCAGAACAAACCAGUGGGUUUUUUGAUGAAAAUGUAAUCAAUGAGCUUAUUAUGAAGCUUUAUCAAAGUUAUAAACAAUUAAAGUAUUUAAAAACAAGAUUUGAGUUAAUGAAAAUCAACCAUUUUGAUGAAACUCAAAAAUACAACAACUUGUUGUCAAACUUAGCAGUUUUAGGAAAUUUUCUAAAAGAAUUACAUUUGGAACAGUGCAAUGAUGCUGAAUCAUACUUAUUAAAGCUCAAAAAAGGUAAAGUUUCUUCUUCAGUGCUUCUUGAUGGAAAAAAUUUGGCGCUUUUUAAAAGGUUUUUCUAUUCAAUAUCCAACCCUCAACCAAAAAAGGAAUUUUCAAAAGAAAGUGAAUGUGAAAGUGAGUCAGAUAUAUUCAAAAAUGAAAGAAGUGAUACAACUAAAGAAAAAGCUAAUUUAUUAAAAGACCCGCAUGUAAAGAUAUACAAGAAGGUUAAAUCAGAAAAAGCACUAGAAUUAAAAGAUGAGAUUGUUGACCAAUCUAAUGAUAAUUUAAGUCAAAAAAAUCAAUCAAGAGAAAAAAAACUACAAGAACUACAAUUAAUUUUUGAGCAACUGAGAAGUGAUCAAUUUGACUUGUUAAAACAAAAUGAAUGCUUGCUGAUUGAAGUACAGCAAAAAAAUAAAGAUUUGCAAAAAGAAAAAAAAACAAAUAGUGAUUUAAAAAAAAAAGUUGAGUUCAUAAAAGAAAUCAUUUUAAAAGGAAAAAAAAUGCAUACCGACAAAAAAAAAAUUAUUCGAGAACGUGACGAAAUUUUUAAUCGAGUUCAAACUCAAGCAAAAUCUCUUAUUUCGUUGAAAAAUAACGCAGCUGAUCUAAAAAUACUCGCUGAAGAAAAAAACGCAUGUUUUACCGAUGCACAAAACGUUCAAAUAAAAGAAGUUGACGGACUCAAAAACCGAUGUUUUACCGAUGCACAAAACGUUCAAAUAAAAGAAGUUGACGGACUCAAAAACUUAGUCUACUACAGUCCAAAAAAAAACAAUUGUAUAAAUAAACAAAAAAACAAUCAGGGUUCAAAAGAGGCGUUAAGAGAUAAGAAAGGGUGUAAAGAUAACAUCAAUAAACCUUCAAUCAACCAAACUGUGUUAUCGAAAGGACAUUUAAAUUGUGUUAAUCGAGCUAUAAGUUUAGUUAAGAGUUACAGAAAUUUAAAAAAGUACAAUAAAAAACUCAAUAAAAGGCUUCGGAAAACUAAAAAGGAACUUGCUGUAACGGAAAAUCAAUUGCUUGAAGUGCAAAUAGAGCUAGAUGCCCACAAGUUAGUUAACGAAAAUCUUCUAACAAAAUACAAAACAGACAAAUCAAACUUUCAAAUUCAAUCAUCUUUAAAUGUUUUUGGUUUGACAUCUGCCAAAUACACACAAACAGAAAACUAUCUGUCAGUUAAUACAACUCAACCCCGCGAGUAUGAAGAACUCAAAAAUACAUUGGAAAAGUUUUAUAAAACGGAAUUCAUGAUUAUAGAAGAUUUAUCAAAAGAAAAGAAUGAAACCGAACACCUAAAAGAUAAGAUGUUGAGGGAUAAUAACGAUUUAUAUCUAACAUAUAAUGUUUCAAACAAUUUAACAGUUGAAAAUAAAAAAACAAAUCUUCUUUUGGAAAAUAAGUAUUCAAAUAAAGAUGCAUCAGACCUAGAAUCUAAAUAUUUAGAAGUUACAAAAAAAAAUAAAGAGUACGAGUCCACUAUUGAAAUGCUUGAGCGUCAAAUAUUGCAGAUUAGUCGGUCAUUAGACAGAUCAUUAGAGGGAUUGUCUGGCUCAUCGGAAAAACAAGACACGUUAAAAGACUUAAAAGACCUUCUAUCAAAUAGUUUUGACAAUAUUGUAAAUCGCAAAGGCAUUAAUGAAAAGUUUGAAAAUGAGGAAGGUGUUGGUUACGUGAGCAAUCAUAACAAAACGUGGUCUAUUACAGACGGUUUUGAUCUUUCGGAAGAUAAAAAUGACCAUAAGGAAAAAUUUGGUUCAUUUAAUGAGGUCAGCAAAAGCUGUACAAAAGAAAAAAAGGAAUCAGAAAAAAAAAGUGAAUUUGAAGUGUUCAACAAGAACCACUAUAGUUCUACAACCGAUUCAACUUUUAAAGAAAAUAAACUUGAUGCUGAAAGAGAUGUUUUACAUGUAGACAAGAUAACUAAAAAGAAUACAACUAAUAAAAACAUAACACUCAAAAUACCUGAUGUUGUUGUUAACAAAUUUGAACAUUCCUCUUGUAAUUCUAAUUUGAAAACAUUAGAAAUACAAGAGAAAAAUUUUAUCAGUAAUCUAGAAAUUCAAUUAGAAAAUUCUUUGAAAGAGAUUGAUAGAUUAAAAACUAUUUCUGAUAUAAAAAAAUUUUUUUUUCUGUAUAUUCAAAAAGAAUUUGAUAAGAUUGUUUUACUAGUAGAACAAAAAAAUGUCGAAUUAGAAAAACUUUAUGCAAGCUUUAUUGCUAGAAAAACUGCUAAAGAUGGUUUUUAUGGAAAAAGUAAAGACACGGCAUCACAUUUUCCGAAUGAAACAGAAAAAGGUUUAAAAAACUUUUUUUAUGACCAGUUUUCAGAGAAUGAAGUACUCAAGCUACAGAGCAAAGAAGAUCUACAGAGCAAAGAAGAUUUACUAAAUAGUGAUGAAGUUCAAAAGGAGCUAGAUAUACAAAGCAACGCAAUUUUUACUCUAAAAAUCAAAUUACACCAUUUUUUAAAUUAUCAUCAAGCAAUAUGUCAAAGUUUAUUACUCAGCCUAAAGCCUACAAUUUGUUCAAUGAAUCAAAUUAAUGGUUAUUGUAUCAAACACUAUCCUGACGAUAGACAUACAAGCCAGCAGAUAAACAAGGUAGAUGCAAUAGCAAAUAAAAGGAAGAUAACAAGUGAUGGUAAACUAGGUUUAAGCGAUAUUUCUGAUGUUGAAAGUGAAAAUAGCGAAGAAAGCUCGAGUGAUUAUGUACGAAAACUUAAAAUAAAACUAAAGUUAUGCCGCGAAAAGAUCAACGAACGAAAUAAAGUCAUACGUAGUCAAAACGAUGAAAUCGAUCUUUUGCUUGAUGACUUAGCAGUCAAAAAUGAGCUUAUUGAAGAGCUAAGAAAAGAACUUAUAAGCUCGGAGACAUAUUUGCAGAAAGGAAUUCUAGAAAUGGAAACACCUAGUUUUUCAACGGAAACAUCUGCGCAAAUUGCAAUUAAAAAAACAAACAAUAAUUGCACGAUAGAAGGUAAAGAACUCUCAAUUUUAAAGUUACGGGAUUGUUAUCACGAAACAAACGUUUUAGAAGAAAAAAAAGAGAAAGAAGAAAAAACAACAACCUCGGAAACAACAGAAAAUUACAAAAAGAAGGAUUUUGGUAAAGAACAGUUUGAAGUACAUGAAAACACACUCCCCAGUAUUUUAGAAUUUAGUAUUCACGAUGAAUUUAGUCCAAGAAAAUGUUCAAUCCAACAAAAAGUUCAUCAUAAAGAUAUUGACUAUCUAAGAAGAUACUCUUUGGCUAUGAAACAGAGUAAUUUUGUCAAUACAAACGACGACAAAGAUGAUUGUUAUGAAAUUUGUAAAUCAGAAACAUGUCUUUUUGAAAGAAUGCUUUUACAAAAGGAAAUUGACCGACUAGAAAUUAAAAUCAUCAAAUUUCAGCAAAGUUUUGACAAUCAAACAGGUAUUGACAAUGAAAAGUGUAAAAAUCAAAUAAUUGACAAAGAAAGCAACACAAUUGAUUGUAAAACUGAAAACAUUAUGAACGGAGCCGCAUUUCAAAUAGAAAAAGACUGGGAUAUAAUUGAGCAGCAGUCGGUUCAGCUUGACAACCUUCAUCAACAGUAUAUCGAACAACGGGAUUUAAAUUUAUCUGGGCAACUAAGUCUUCGUAUUGCUGAAACAACUAUCACAAAACUAAAAGAAGAAGUUAAAAAACUUGAGUCUUUUAAUGAAAAUUUAAAAGAGACAUUCCGUGUUAAAGAAAAAAACCUAGAGACUUUACUAAAAGAAAAGGAAACAGGUAUAGAAACUUUGCAUUUGAUGGUUGUUGAGUUAGAAAAUAGCCUCGCCUGUUCUCAAGUACGAAUCGAGCGUAUUUUAAACGAAUCGAUAGAGCUGAAAAAAACUGAUCAAGAAAAUAAACUUAUUUUAAAAAAACAAAAUGAGUGUAUUGAUAGUUUGAAUCAAGAAAUUAGAAUGUUGCAACAUAAACUAGAAAUAAAAGAAUGCUCGUACGAAAAAAGUAAUAUAGAUAUCAAAGCAAAUGUUUGCAAUGUUCAGUAUUUACGAACUUUUUUAAAUAGCUUAUCUCAAGAUUAUAAAGUUUUAAAAAAAGAAUAUACCAGUUCAAUGGAACUAUUAAAACAUGCUCUAGCAGGAAUAAAUGAUACUUUGAAACUUCUUUUAAGUUAUUUGCCGAACGGUGAUAUAGACAUUGAACAUUUCGAUAUGCUAGUUUUUGAAUUAAAAUCAGUUCUUAAGCAGUGUCCAUUUAUUUUGAAGGAAAGUACCAUUUUUUUUCUGCAACCAUCAAUGAAUAGUUACGAAAACAAAAAAUCAUUCAGACAAAUACGACGUGAAAAUAAUGAUUUAGUUAUAGCGAACAAAGAUCUCAAAAAAAAACUGGAGCUAAGCGAACAACAACUUCAAGUUCAAGAAGAGGUUCACCGUUUACAGGUGGAUACAAUUAUAGAUAGUCUUGCUAAACGUUGCAAUGUUAUUCCACCUAUCAUUAAAAAACCUUUAGUACCUAGUAUACAUUUAACUAACGUUGCUAAGCAACAAAACUCGCAACAGUUUUUACAAUACUGCUUAAACCAAAUAGAAGAACAGAAAACUCAAUGAGAAAAAAUGUGUUUGUUCUUCACUUUCUAUCUUGUUAUUUUUGUAAAAACAGAUUGCUGCAAUCUUUUUGUUAGCACUUUCAUUAGGGACGUAAAUUUUAUAAAUUUAUGGAUAUAGAUUACAAAUAUAUAUAUAUAUAUAUAUAUAUAUAUAUAUAUAUAUAUAUAUAUAUAUAUAUAUAUAUAUAUAUAUAUAUAUAUAUAUAUAUAUAUAUAUAUAUAUAUAUAUAUAUAUAUAUAUAUAUAUAUGAAUAAAUACUUUAUUCUUAAGCAUGUUUGCUGAUGCAUGAAAAAUAAUUUGCUCACUUUUAGUUUGUAAACUCUAGUUUUAUUUUUGACGGUUAAUAAACACCCGGAUUGGUUGCUGUUACCUUACAAUUAAAAUCUUUUUUCGGUGAAUUUUGUUUCAUUUGGAAGUGAAAACAAAUGCGAUACCUUUGCUGAUUUUUUUUUACUUUUGAAUUUAGCUUUUGCCAGCUUGCGAUUUUUUGCCUCUAACCAAAGAAAACGUUUUAUUUAUUUUGUACCCCUCCCAUGUUGAAUUUGCGAUAACAUUUGGCGAUAAUUUUGAUUUCGAGUUUUUAUAUUUUUGAUACCAUACGAUAUGUUCCUAUUAAAGUGAAGCCUAUGUAAGUAUUGUUAUAUGAGUAUAACUUAUCAAAGAUAGACAGCUAAGGGAGCUGCCGCUAUUA